AUGGAGCCACAAACCCAGUGCCAACCGGCUGCUGACAAUUUGAAUGUCUCUCAAACCAAUUACUCCUAUGAUGGUACAAGUUGCAUUCCAGGUCAGGACCACUUUCAUCAUGAGUCUGGCUUGUCCUUCUGGGGCAUAAUCCUUACUAUUAUCUUGGCUAUAAUUACUCUUGCCACUUUAUUGUCCAAUGCAUUUGUAAUUGCAACAGUGUAUCAGACCAGAAAAUUGCACACUCCUGCCAACUAUCUCAUAGCUUCAUUGGCAUUCACAGACCUUUUAGUGUCUAUCCUUGUCUUGCCAAUUAGCACCAUGUAUACUGUAACUGGUAAAUGGACAUUGGGGCAGAUUAUAUGCGAUAUGUGGUUGUCGUCGGAUAUCACUUGUUGCACUGCAUCAAUUCUACAUUUAUGUGUCAUAGCAUUGGAUAGAUACUGGGCAAUUACUGAUGCAGUUGAAUACACCAAGAAAAGGACUCCUAAAAGGGCGGUUAUAAUGAUAGCCCUUGUAUGGGUCUUCUCAAUAUCAAUUUCAAUGCCCCCGCUGUUUUGGCGUCAAUCAAAGGUAGAAGAGCUCACCAUGUGUGCUGUCAAUACAGAUCAUGUUUUAUAUACUGUUUACUCCACUGUUGGGGCAUUUUAUCUACCAACAUUACUACUAAUUGCCCUUUACGGGAGAAUCUAUAUAGAAGCCAGGUCUAGAAUUCUAAAACAAUCCCCGAAGAGCACAGGCAAAAGAUUGACAAGGGCUCAUCUAAUUACUGUCCCAGGAUCUUCUUCUGUGUCCUCAACCAACUCAAAGGCUGCAGAUGUGUCAAGUGACACAAGUUCUCCAGUAUAUUUGAAUCAGGUCAAAGUUAAAGUAUCAGAUGCUUUACUAGAGAAGAAGAAGAUAAUGGCCGCCAGGGAGAAGAAGGCUACCAAGAUUGGAAUCAUACUUGGAGCUUACAUCGUUUGUUGGUUACCAUUUUUCAUUAUUUCAUUGGUUAUGCCCAUUUGCAAAGAUUCUUGCUGGUUCCAUCCUGCUAUUUUUGACUUUUUCAAUUGGCUUGGAUAUCUCAAUUCUUUAAUAAAUCCAAUAAUCUAUACAAUGUCAAAUGAGGACUUCAAGCAAGCUUUUCACAAACUGAUACAUCGUUUUAGUUGCCCAUCAUGACUUUUGCCCUAAUGUUCUUCUCCAUGCUACAUGAAUGCACUUGUCUGGAUCUGUUAGUACAGAACCCAGUCGAUAUUGUAAAGAAUCACUGCCUAAAACUCUAUCCUGAGUUGUCAGACUCAUGAAUGCUGCUGAGCACAAAACGUCAAUACAUACUGCCAUCCUACUGUUCAGCUCUGCAUAUCACUGCUAUGACUCUAGCAAUGAUGCUGCUUAAAUACUCACUCAUGUCAAAAGCAAAGAGUUCACCUUCAGAUUAAUGCUUACGAUUAACAACAGGAUUGGAAAAUUAAUGCAGACUAAUAUAUUGUUUUUUUUGUUUUUUUUUCACAUUUUAUUUAAUUUCUUAUCAUUGCCUUUUUUUUUUACUCGACAAGUGUGUGGAAUUACUUCCAUGCACACUGUAGGGGAGUGCAUAGUUGUUAUGUUUAAUGUCACUAGUAUUAAUACGUCAAUGUGUAUGCUUGUAAUUUAUUUCUGUAGGGGAAAGGUGAUAUUAUUUUCAAGAAAUGCUUUUAAAGAUGUGUCACAGUGUGCAGGUAGGCCCAUUCAUCUCAGCUUUCUUGGUAAAUGUGGUGUGCAGGAGUGUGCAAAAGCUACCUUGAUGUAUAUCAAUUUAUCAAUCUGAAUCGCGCAGGGAUCAUGAAUUCUUACAAUUUAUUGUUGGUAACUAUUGUAUGUAUAAAUAUUUCAUCUAUUUGAUAGAUAUGUCAUUGAGACAUACGUCCUUCAGAUGAUCUUUCAGCACAAGGUUUGACAUGACAAAAGUAUUCUAAUCUAAGAAGAAAAUGCACAAUAUUUAUGAAUAAGCUAUGGUGGAUGCACACCCCUAUGACACCAAGCACAGAGAAUGUAUGUUAUUUUUUUUGCUUAAGAAAUAAGCCUACCUAUAAUGUAUUUAAUGUACACUGUCCAAAAGUUAAAAUG